CCCCCUUUUUAUCUUUUAUUGUAGUGAGCAAGAAGGGAAAGGUGCGCGCCGCGCCCCUCGUGCACAGCGGGCUUUCUCACGCGCCUUUUCCCUCUCCCUGCCCUUAAUUUUCCACAAGCUUAGUGUCUCGUGCGCUCGACGAUGGAGCUCGAAGAGCCUCUGCUACAGGGAAUCCUCUUGCUUCCGCCACAGGGGAUGCUGGGACAGCUCAAGAAAACGUGGCAUAAGAAAUUUUGCCAAAUUUUCAAAGCUAGUAAGUAUGGCAUUCAGCGACUAGAAAUUUAUGACAAUCAAGAAGAAGCUUUAAUUCAACAGAAUACACAGCGCAUUAUUACCUUAGAAGCAUGUGUAAAAAUUGCACCAAGUAAUCAACUUCAUGUUUUCACUUUGGUUACAAAAACGGGAGUCCAUCACUUUGGUUGCUGCUCCGAAGUAGAGAUGGCCAAUUGGAUAAGUGCAUUUCAAUCUGUUGCCUUCAAAGACGAUGCGUCAAAUGUCACUGUAGAAGAAGAUAAUGAUUUAUAUUGCACAAGUGGAGAGGGCGUAUUCUCUGUUAAAAUAGCUGAAACGGAUGCCUCGAAGAAAUGUGGCCUCGAACUAUGUAAAAAUUAUACGUUGAUAGUUGGUGCAACUGAAAUGAAAUUAAUGGAUGGUAGUAGAAUGAUGUAUACGUGGCCUUAUCAGUACAUAAGAAAAUAUGGUUAUAGAGAUGGAAAAUUUACAUUCGAAGCUGGAAGAAGAUGUGGUUCUGGAGAAGGUGCCUUUUGUUUAGAGCACAAAAACCAGUUGGAAAUUUUCAGGUGCUUUGUCUCGAAUAAAAAGAAAAUGAAGCAAAUGCUGAACGGCGAUAAUAGCCCAACCGUAGAAUGCAACGAUGCUCAAUUUCACGCUGCCUUAUCAAUGGAAGCUGGAUCUCGAUCACCCUUGCCACCUUCCAUGAAUAGUUCAAAGAAUCUAAUUGAUUUAGACAUUCCAUCAUUUUCUCAAAAUUCACAAAAGCCUUUAUUACUAGCUCCAAUUUCUCCUAUGGAAUCUGUUAAACCUCCAUUACCAGCUAAGCCAAAGCCAAUAAAACCUCCAAGAAAACCUGUAUUUACAUCUAAGUUAGAAAAAAAGUCAUUUGACUGUGAAAUUUCCGAUCUAUCAAGCUCUGGAAAAUACAGAAAAUUAAAUUCCACAUCACCCGACUCAUCCCAAAAGCACAUUGUCAUUACCGACGAUGAAAAGCAUUCUUACGAUUUAGUUGAAGUCAGAAGUGACGCAUGGAAGACCCAUGGAAUAGAUAAUGUACCCCAUACCGAGAGGUUAAAACAAUCAAUGCAAAUUAAAAAUGAGAAGGACAGCUUAGAAGAUCCUCAUUAUGAAACCAUGUCGUUUCCAUUAUCUCCGCAAAAUUCUACUAAAAGCAAUUCCUCCUCAAUUAUACAUAAUAUUCCCAGUCCAAACGACCCACCAGAUUACGAUAGAUUGCAGCAUUUUGGAUCGAUAUAUAAAAGUAAGAAAAAACCAGGAUAUAGAACACCAAAUUGCUCCACCAUAUCUCAGAACUCACAGCUUAUAUCUCAAGCUUCGUUAGAUUCCAAUCUCAAUUGCAAUAAUUACGAUGUCGUUGAAGAUAUGAAUGCAGUUAGAUUGACAGACGACAAUCAUCAUGGCUACGGUAUAAUAAGAAAAAAGUCUAAUUCUUCUACAUCUAAUAAUAUGAUGGAGCCAAAACACAAAAUCGUUAAUGAUAGCGAAUAUGCCAUUGUAUCAAAACCUAAACGAGUUUGAAGUUAAAAAAAAUUAUUGGCUUUAAAUUACUUACAAUCAAUAGGAUUAUUAGAAAAGCUUAGUAAAGUUAAAUAGACAAUACUUCCUAAUAAUUAAUAAUACAUUAUUUAAAAGCUAUCGCAAUAUCAUGCGUUACAUCAAAUUAUUUAUAUAAUGUUGAUUUUCUCAUAUUACCAA